AUGUCUGGCAGAGGCAAAGGAGGAAAGGGUCUCGGAAAAGGUGGCGCUAAGCGUCACAGGAAGGUUCUUCGUGACAACAUCCAGGGCAUUACCAAGCCUGCAAUUCGUCGCCUUGCUCGCAGGGGAGGCGUGAAGCGUAUUUCCGGCCUCAUCUAUGAGGAGACUCGCGGGGUGCUGAAGGUAUUCCUGGAGAACGUCAUCCGGGACGCCGUCACUUACACCGAGCAUGCCAAGAGGAAGACUGUCACCGCCAUGGACUUGUUUUGUGUCCUCAACCCUCUGAAUCCACUCCCUGAGCGAGGGAGGGUUUGGCUUUUUCCAGUGUUUGGGGAUUAG